AUGAAUCCCGAGAUAGAGACCUCAGGACAGAGUACACCGGACAAGAAGCGGGCAGAUUCUACACCAUCUGUACCUGAGAAGUUUGAGCAGGUCCUCAAUGCGGAUCCGCCGCUUACUAUCGAUGCGGAGACGGAGAGAAGACUGUUGAGAAAGCUGGAUAUGCGCAUCAUUCCCAUGCUCUGUUGGGUAUACUUGAUGAAUUUCAUGGAUCGAGUCAGCAUCGGCAAUGCGCGCCUUUACGGUAUGGAGGAGGACCUUGGGAUGCCACCUGGUGGCAAUCAGUAUCAGAUCGCCGUUGGUAUACUGUUUGUCACUUACUGUCUGUUUGAAACGCCAUCGAACAUGGUUUUGAAAAGACUGCAACCAGCUCGUUAUCUGGCCGGUUUGGUCUUCAUCUGGGGUCUCGUGGCCACGUUCACAGCGUUCUGCAACAAUUUUGCUUCACUUGUCGCUUGUCGACUGCUCCUAGGUGUCUUCGAAGCCGGUCUGUUCCCAGGUGUGAUCCUUUACCUUUCUAUGUUCUACACCAAGAAGAGUCUAUCAUUGCGCAAUGCCUUGUUCUACGGCACAAGUGCGAUCGCUGGCGCGCUCGGAGGGCUCGUGGCGUACGCUAUCGGCGAGUUGGAUGGCGCCGCAGGAUGGAGAGGCUGGAGGUGGAUCAUCUUGAUAAACGGCAUCCCCACGGUCCUGACUGCCAUGGCUGUACCAUUCGUACUCCCCAACAGUCCCGAGACCGCAAGCUUUCUCUCUGAGGAGGACCGUCGGAAUCUUUUGUUGCUCCGAGCGCUCGAGGUCGGCCAGACGAAAGCUGCACAGGUACUACACAAGGAAGAUGUCAAAGCCGGAGCCAAGGACUGGAAGACGUGGGCUUUUGCCAUUAGCCAAUUCGCCGGUCUGGGCAUGCUGUAUAGCUUCUCUGUUUUCCUCCCCACCAUCAUUUUCGAGAUGGGUGCGGGCUGGUCUCGACAAGUCGUGCAAGCCCUGACGAUGCCAGUCUACUUUACAGGAUUUGCAGUGUACGUGGCGACUGCGUGGUACAGCGACAAGAUCCAGCAACGAGGCAUAUUCUGCAUCGGAGGCUUCUUGACUUGCAUGGUUGGGUAUAUCUUCCUCAUCGCGAAUCAAGGUGUCGGUCUGAGUUUUACUGGUUGUUUCAUCGUGGCGAUGGGCCUUUGGACGUCGACUGGCGCAGGCUUCACAUGGCUUGGAGUCAACAACCCUCGAUAUGGCAAACGAGCAUUCGCUAGUGGCAUGCAAAUCACGAUUGGGAAUGCUGCGGGUGUCUCGGCGCCGUUUCUGUACAGCAACGCGUACUCGCCGACCUACUAUCCAGGCUAUGGUGCAACCAUUGGGCUCCUUGCCAUGGGCAUCGGCAUUUAUCUCGCACUGCACUUCUGGUUUCGGGCGCAGAACAAGAGAAAGCUUGAAGGUAGGGAAGACUACCGGAUGGAGGGGUUAUCUGAGGAGGAGAUUGCUGAGCUGGGAGAGCACAACCCAAGAUACAUGUAUACAAUCUAG